AUGACUCGUAGCCAGUCAGGAGGUUUACUGCCGUUGAAUCCAGAGAUUGAUCGCACCUAUCGCCAGCUUAGGAGACAACAGCGAGCUAGACUGGCUACGGAAGAGCGCAUAGACGGCCACCUGAGUAGCGAUUCUGAAGAAGAGCACGGGAUGGACGGAGACUACAAUCAACACCAGGGGAAUCCACAGCAGGUUACCCCGGCGAAUCAGGUCCUAGGGAACAACCCCAUACCCCCGGAUCAUGGGGUUCAUCAUCCACCGCAGCCGGGUCCCACCUUGGAGUACUACUACACUCCUCGGAUUGCUGACAUCCGCCCGUUCCAUGGCUUGAAGGAUGAGGAGGCCAGGGUGCAUCUUUCCCGUUUUCUGCAGCUGACGAACGGGUUCAAGCUGAAUGGUGUCCCUGAUGAUGCAAUCCGCCUUCAUCUCUUUCCCCAUUCUCUGGCGGGGAAUGCUAAGAGGUGGUUAAAGACCCAGCCCCCAUUGUCCAUCACCUCUUGGGACGAUCUGGCUGACAAAUUUGUGCACAGGUACUAUCCGGCAUCGAAGACUACAGAGAUCCAGCGGGAGAUCACUCACUUUCGCCAAGAGCCAGAUGAGUCACUUCGUGAUGCAUGGGAGCGGUACAUGGGCUAUUUCUGGCAGUGUCCCCAUCAUGGUUUUAGUGAUGCAUUCACAGUGGGGAAAUUCAACAGUGCUCUCUCUCCAGACAGCCAGAGGGUGAUUGAGUCUCUAUGCCCAGGAGGGGAUAUUCUUACUAAGACUCCACCCGAGCUGAACUAG